UAAUACACAUUUGAAACGUUUAUUGGGUCAUACAGCACCUUUACCCGAAUUAAUCAAUGCACUAGAAAAGUUAAGCCGUCAUCAAUUACAAAAUUCUCAAUAUCAACAAUAUCGGUUACGUGGAAGCAUUCGCUAG